AUGCACGAAAUCGUGACUUUACAGUUCGGCAAGCAGAGCAACUACCUUGGCACUCACUUCUGGAAUACACAGGAGUCCUACUUCACAUAUCCACCUGAGCCCGAAUCGCCUGUCAACCAUGAUAUACUUUUCAGGCCAGGUAUUGCUCCGGAUGGAUCCGAUACUUUCACACCAAGGACGCUCAUAUACGACCUCAAGGGUGCUUUUGGCAGCAUGAGAAAAAUCAACGCGCUGUACGAGGCCGAAGACGACAGAAGCAUAUUAGACCAGAACGGAGUUUGGCCAUCCAAGCCCAUUGUUCAACGCGCAACCGAGACUAUCCCACAAUCUGCCUACCAGGAGCACCUUGAUGCCGGCCUGGAGCCUCCUCCACUCAGCACAUCAUCCGUCCGGUACUGGUCGGACUAUAGCCGUGUCUACUAUCAUCCGAAAUCCAUCGUUCAGCUGUCUGAGUUUGACGUCAACGACAAACUCAUGCCUUUUGAGAGCUGGGAUGUAGGCAUGGAACUUUUCGAGAAGCUUGAGAGAGAGGUUGAUCUAGUCGAUAGAGACCUACGGCCAUUUGUAGAAGAAUGCGAUGGUAUUCAGGGACUGCAGAUCUUCACGGGCGUGGACGACGCUUGGGGCGGCUGGGCAUCAGGUUGGCUCGAAAGAUUGAGGGACGAGUACGGAAAGAUGAGCAUUUGGACAUGGGGCUUAGGUGAUCAUGGCGCUAAUACAACGACUCCCAGAGAAAGGCGCUUGCAGCAGAUCGCUAAUUCCGCGCGAUCGCUCCAAGUACUCGGCGAGCAGUCAUCAGUAUACGUGCCAAUGUCCAACAGCCCUGCCAAACUACCAGGUUACUUGUCAUUAGACACCACUUCGUCCUGGCACAUUGCAGCUUUGCAAGUCUUAGGUCUGGAGAGCAUGACCAUAUCUUCACGACUAAGGGCAUCCUUGGGCGGACGAGGCACGCUCCAGGAUCUGGAAAACACCAUCAACAGUACCGGAAAACGACGCAUAGCGAAGCUUGAGAUGAGCUUUGCAGAUCCAGACGUCUUGGCAGACAAGGCCUCAGACAAAGCUGAGCAGGCAGAGAAAGUUGGUUCUAUGACAUCAAGGCAGACUAGUGAGGGCGACGAUCGACUAAGUAAUUUCGACAUCGAUACCUUCAGUCGUGAUUACAGGACGGCUACCAGAAACGGAAAGACAGAGCACGUUUUUGGAAGGGCAGAGGCUUCUCGUGGAGAGUGGGCCCUGCAUCAAGAUAAUGAACGUGAUCCUCAUGACAGGUUCGAUAGCGGACCAGCCUUGCAGAGAUUUGCUGCGCCACUACUAUUCCCUCUGCUUGACAGCUUUCCUCGGUCAAUAUUGGACGUAGGAUCUGGCCAUUCUACUAAGCUCGCUGUACAUACUGGACUCACGACAAGUACCGCUGUCGCUGAUCAGAUUCGGGCAGUCGAGCAGAUCGUUAAGCGAAUGGUGGGUAUCGAAGAGAAAGAAACGCUUUGUAAUGGUUUACAAGUACUUGCGGAGGAGUACGAUGAAGGCUGGGAUAGCGGCACAGAGAGUGAUGAAGAUGAUUAG